UAAAGCAGCCAAAUGUCUUUCACAAAAGUGCUCUGUAGAAAGCACUGAACUUAGCUACGAAUCGCUAAAUUAUGAUCCAAUGCUUGAUCUGGAUGAUGAAAAUACAUCUGCUACGGUAAUGAUAAUCGUGGGAAAUCGUUGCAUUAAAAAAACGGACUGCAGGUCACUGGUGAAUUCUCAUUGCGGAUUGGAUAAAAAAUGUACGUGUAAUCGGGCACAUUUUUGGUCGGAGGAGCUUAAUGCUUGCGUUCCAGAAAUAGGGGAAAAGUGUGGUUCGGUCGAUGAGAAGUACAAAGUGAAAUAUAGUGUUUGCAAAGAUGAAGCAUGGACUUGUGAAGCUGAUAGAGUUAAUUUAAAAAGCAAUCAGGAUUGUCGUAAAUUAUUAAAAAAAAUUGGCAGCAGUUGCCAAUAUCGCGAGCAGUGUCAAUUGUUUGGUCCGGCGGCCCAUUGCGUCGAGGGCCAGUGCAUCUGCGGGGCAGAGAGCCACUGGCUAAGUGACGAGAAAUUCUGCUGGAUAAACAAAAAAAUCAACGAGCAAUGUUGGAGCCAAAACGACUGCUACUCACGGAGUCCUGGGCUUCAAAGUUUUUGCGAUCGCAGUACCGCAGGAGGAUUCUGCUCGUGUCCAACCGGGAGUCACCAUAGUGCCGAUAAGGGCUAUUGCAUCAGUGAUAAACCAGAAUUGGAUAGUUAUUGUGAAGAAAAUGAAGAUUGCGAGCUUGAUUAUUCAUAUUGUAAUGAUAAUAAAUGUAAAUGCCAGGAGAAUUAUAUUGUUCUAGAUGGACUAUGCCAAGCGGGUUUAAACGCAAUUUGUACGGCUGAUAUCAAAUGUAAACAAAGUAACACGACAUGCUCGGAGAAGAAUGUUUGCAAAUGUAAAGAACAUUUCAUCGCUAGUCCCGACAAUGAAUGCAUUCCCAUUGCUUCGUUCGAAAAGGAAUGCAUGUAUGAUGUGCAAUGCACGUCGGUGAUACCCAACACACACUGCGCUUUCAAUAAACUGCCAUUAAAAGAUCUAACCGACAACGAAUAUGGUAAAUGUAAAUGCAUUCCUGGCUAUUUUUAUAAUAUGGAUUCAUGCUUUAAAAAGAAAUGGUUAGGCGAAGAAUGCACCAAAGAAGGCGAAUGUUUUGUGGAAUCGUCGAGAAGUUUUUGUAGAAACGGAAGGUGCGUGUGUGGUUUUGAUUAUAUGCAAGAAGGUAAUCAGUGUCGACAAGUAAAUAGUGAAUCUACAAUUAAUACAUAUUCCGUCUUCCAAUUAGUAGCAGCCAUCUUCGUUCUAUUAAAAAUGUUGUAAUCAGUAAA